UGUUAAUAUGUCCAUCCAUUAACUUACUUAUGUAUGUAUGUUCCGAGACCUGUAAUGUAAAUUGAUAUUUAUUUAAUAUUUAUAUUGACGUGGACCAUUUUAUGAUUAACUUAGCAUCGGCAGUUCAACGUUUUUCAUGGAAUUCUCAUACAGUGGCUCGCAGCUUAUUUCUUUCAGUUGAAAUCAAAUCUAAUUUUUUUUACGCACUUGUUUGAGUAAAUUAAGGCAUACGCAAGAAAGUAUUUUCUCCCAUGGAUACGAGAAAAUUUGUUAUAAAGAGACGUUUAAAAUGAACAGCAAUACAGAUCUCCAUCAUUCAGAUGAUCAGGACUUUUCGGAAUUUCUCAAUGAGUAUUAUCUGCAAAGCAAUUCCCAAAGUAUCGAACCUGAAGCAAGUUACGAAGAUGGAGAAAUGGAAGCAGAGUGGCUAGUUUCUGCUGGUUAUCCAGAAUUGACAAAACCGUUUGAACAAGGGUUAGAGGUUUCUAAAAAGGACUUGGAACCCAUACUGACUACUUUAUCGAAGCCCCAUGCUGAAGCGAUUGUACAACUAGUAAGGACUUUAAACAAAACAGUACGGGUGCGCACAAAAAGUCGGCCAAAACGGAAACCUGAUAUAAGGGAUGUAUUUCGCGAAUUUGAUGAACAAGGGACAGUUACACGCUCACGAAGUGCCACUCCGGAUUCCCUGGACUCUUUACAAAUCGAUGAAGCUUGGACCAACAAUUCUUUACCGACUUUUGUAAAUGUAUAUGAAAAAAAUACCGAAACUGCCAUACAAUGUGUAGAACAAUCAAACGAAAUAUAUUUAAAACAAAACCUGCGACGAACCCCUAGCGCCCCGCCUAAAAGCGGCACCUAUGCGGAUAUAUUUCGUGGUUCGCAAGUGCGAUGUGAUAUACCUUUGUACUCGGCGGAUGGUGUAGAAUUGCUUGGAUAUUCACGGAUUGGCACCAUACAAUUUCCUCGGAACCGAUCCGUCUCUGAUCCAUUUUGUUCUAUUGGUCGAUCAAAGGAGUCAAGAAGUGAAAAUGAUGCACGAUCACAAAAGAAAAAAUCGAGUGAAGUGCUGUCAGCCUCAGAGAAUGAAUGCGGUCGCCUUUUACCGAUGCCCUACAAUGUCCUGAGCUUUGAAAGUAUUUGUCGAGAUUCUUCUAGUCUUGAUAGCUGCGAAGUCCUAGAUACCUGUGAUAUCCCUUCAACGCUAUUCACAGAUGUCGUAUUAAUAAGCGAAACUGACAUGAAACGUUUACAGACAAUACUUUGGUUAGAGUUAGCCACAAUAUUUGAUCGCAACAAAGUUUCUUUAGAUAAAAGAAAACCUUUUAAGCGUCGUCGCAAAGAAGAGGGUAAUCUUUUUGGGGUAUCUAUAAACGCUCUUAUUCGUCGGGAUCAGCAAGUUACUGGCACUGACUCAUCUUUGGUCCCACUAUUUUUGGAAAAGCUAAUUGGCGAACUUCUGCGACGUGGCUCUAGAGAAGAAGGAUUACUUCGAAUAGGUGGUCAUAAACAAAAGACUGAAUUACUUUAUAAUGAAUUAGAAUCAACAUUUUAUCAAAAUCCAGAUAAUCUAGAUAACCUCUUUCGCACAGCUACUGUUCAUGAACUUAGUUCGUUGCUAAAACGAUGGCUGCGCGAACUUCCUCAACCUUUGCUUACUAAUGAGCUUAUACAACUGUUUUAUCAAUGUCACACACUUCCAUCAAUAGAUCAAAUGAAUGCACUAUCGAUUUUAUGUCACCUGCUUCCGCCUGAAAAUAGAAACACAUUACGUUCAUUAUUAAGCUUUUUUAAUAUUAUAAUUAAUUUAAAAGAUAUAAACAAAAUGAAUGUGCAUAACGUAGCAACAAUAAUGGCACCGUCAAUGUUUCCACCACGUUAUAUACAUCCGAGUGACAAUAACAGCAUUGCAGAACAAGUAAGAAUGGCCGCUCAGUGUUGCCGUUUGACGAAUAUUUUAAUCCUACGUGGCGAAAAACUUUUCCAAGUACCAAACAAUUUAAUUGUGGAGUCACAGAAAACAAUGAUGGGUAAGAAAGGAUGGCAUCGGCAUCGGAAUUCAAAUGAAAUUACGGCAAAACCAAGCGGAAAGGCGAGCAAUGUCGGCGUUGGACACGACUCUACAGUUAUAAAUAAAUACUCAACCAAUUUAAAGCAUUUACAUCCAUUUGUUAUUUAAACAAACGGCUUCUAACGGUGCUUAAGUUGUAUUAUAUGUUGAUAAAAUAUUUACCUAUUAUUAAAGAAAAUAUAAAGAAUAUCCUCUAUAAACCGUC